AUGGAUCCUUCCGUUAUUGCCUGUGCACAAGCUCAAGUCAAUCUUGAAGAAGAUCUUGAUUGUCCCUUCAAAUGGAUUAACAAUGAUACAAUGAAUUGCGUGUAUUCGGAUCGAUGGCUGGAAAGUUUGAGUAAAAGACCGUGGUUGAGAAAUGCGAGAACGGAUAUUGUUGCGAAAGAAGCGACGGAAAUGGAAAAACUAGAGGUUAGUACAUUUUCUAGCGAUUUUUUCAAUUGAAAAUCUCAAAUUUUCAGAAGGAAUUGUGUUGCUAUGAAACGUUUUGCCUCGCACAAUGUGGUGUUUUUGAAGGAUAUAUAAGGGAUCUGGAAAUUCUUCCAAUUUAUCCUGACACAUUCAUUGAUGAGAUCAUCGAACAUUAUCCCGAAUUCUUCAAGGUAAAAAUUCAGUUUGAAACCGGCUAAAUUUGAAUUUUCAAGCUUCCCGCUAGAAUUUGCAUUAGAGCGCAUUUUUGUCUUGGUUUUGGACAAAGACAGAAAUGCGCUCUAAUGCAAAUUCUCGUGGGAAGAUUGAAAAUUCAAAUUUUCGGGUGAAAUUAUAGAUUUUCAAGCAUUCCCGCGAGAAUUUGCAUUAGAGCGCAUUUUUGUCUUUGGAGGUUCAAAAUGACCGAAAAUCAUGAAGAAAAACGUGGAUUUUCGGUCAUUUUGAACUCCCACAGACAAAAGUGCGCUCCAAUGCAAAUUCUCGCGGGAAGAUCGAAAAUUCAAAUUUUCCGGGUGACACUAAAAUCUCAAAUUUUGCAGGAAUACAGUGCAGAGGAGGUUCAGCUCAUCAAAAAUCACACGGCAAACGACACGGUGGAUUCAAAUUGGGAUGUUCGAUACAAACAUCUUGAUAUGAUUUUGGUGGAAAGCGGACGGAAAAGAAUGGAAGACGAAAUCAAGGCUGCAAAUCGCAUCGAAUUGAAUGCGAUUUUGAUUUUGAUUUUGCUCACAAUCGGACUCUUUUAUUGA